AUGAUGUUCAAGCUGAGCCGGCCUUCAUUGUUCAAGGAUCUGUCAUUGGUCAACGGGCAAUGGGUCGAAGCAGCAUCAGGGAAACAAUUCAAUGUGAUAGAUCCUGGUACUGGUAAGAAGUGGGCUUCGGCUCCGGAUAACGAUGCCAGUGACGUCGAUAGUGCCGCGCAAGCAGCACAAAAGGCGUUCCUCAAAUACAGCAAACUCAGCCCUCGAGUUCGAUCUCAGCUCUUGUUGAAAUGGAGCAUGCUCAUCAAAGAAAACACGGAUGACUUGGCCAAGAUCAUCACGUACGAGACUGGCAAGCCCAUGGCUGAAUCAUUGGCCGAAGUGGACUAUGCCAUUAGCUCCUCGUAUUGGUUUGCUGGAGAGGCAGACAGAAUACAAGGGACUGUAUUCGAUUCUUCGGCCCCUGGCAAGAAAGUACUUACAAUUAAACAACCCAUCGGCGUGGUUGGAGCCUUGGUGCCAUGGAACUUUCCAAUAGCAAUGGUCGCUCGAAAAGCUGGCGCUGCCUUGGCGGCUGGAUGCACAAUGGUCAUCAAGCCAUCUCCCGAGACACCACUCUCUGUGCUAUCUUUAGCUUUUCUGGCCGAAGAGGCCGGAUUUCCCAAAGGAGUUUUGAAUAUCUUGACCACUAGCCUUGAAAACACACCAGCGUUGAGUCAGGCGCUCUGCUGUCACCCGCUUGUCAAGAAAAUCACGUUCACUGGAUCAACGAGAGUUGGAAAACUCGUAGCAGAGAUGUGUGCCAAGGGCCUCAAGAAAGUUACCCUCGAGCUUGGCGGCAAUUGUCCGUUUAUUGUUUUUGAUGAUGCGGAUUUGGAACAAGCAGCAAAUGCACUCAUGAGCUUGAAAUGGCGGAAUGCUGGCCAAGCCUGCAUUAGUGCUAAUCGUGUCUAUGUCCAGUCGGGGGUAUACGAUAGUUUUGCUCUCCUGUGCAAAGAAAUGACCUCAAAGUUUGUUCCUGGCCACGGCAUCUCCAACUCGUCCACUUUCGGGCCUGUCACCACGCCACAGAGCCUUGAGAGAGCGAGCGCGCAAGUCGAGGACGCAAAACAGAAUGGCGGCACAAUUUUGCUCGGGGGAGGUCGAGUACCAGGCAGUACCGGCUUCUUUUUCCAACCCACAAUCAUCACCAAUGCAACCAAAUCUAUGCGUGUCACACACGAAGAGUCAUUUGCACCCAUACUGGCCUUGUACAGAUUUGAGACUGAAGCCGAAGCUGUCAAAGCAGCAAAUGAUACACCGAUGGGGCUGGCUUCUUAUCUUUUCACAAAAGAUCUUGAUCGCGCAUGGAGACUGUUAGACGACCUAGAGGCGGGAAUGAUUGGGUUAAACACAAGCGCUAUCACUGGGGCUGAGUCGCCAUUCGGGGGCAUGAAGGAGUCGGGUUAUGGCAAAGAAGCUGGCAAAGAUGUUGCGGUUGAAGAGUACUUGGUGACUAAAGCAGUCUCAGUCGCCAUGGGAGCUCGACUUUAG